UUCGGCAGCCAUAAGGGACCGUCAACAAAGAGACGAGAGGCGUCAGCAUUUUCCUUUAGGGGGCGGAUUCGGGUAGGAGCAGAGCUUUCGGUAUGAAACGCCCGUUUCUUCCAGAGGCGGGGAAGUGAGACCCUGUACUGGGCCUGCGGGGCGCCGCCGUACCUUUGUGGAACAUGGCCCGCCGUGGGGAGGAUAGCGUGGCCCCCGUGGUACUUCUGGAGUCCCCUGGAGUUUCCAGUAAGGGCUUGCAAAGGAAGGGGCCCAGUGAGCGGCGCCGGCUGAAGGCGAUGGUGUCGGAGCAGCUCAGCCAGGAUCUGCUCAGGCUUCUAAGAGAAGAAGUCCAUACAGAUGUUACUUUCUCAAUAGGUUGUACUUUGUUCAAAGCACACAAAGCAGUCCUUUUAGCAAGGGUUCCUGAUUUCUAUUUUCAUACUGUUGGACAUACAAAUAACUUAACAAAUCAUGAACCUGUUGCUGUGGAGAACUUUGAAGCUUCAGAAUUUAGAAUAUUUUUACAGACUGUAUACUCAUCAAACAGAAACAUAAAAAACUAUGAAGAGGAAAUUCUCAGGAAAAAGAUAGUGGAGAGUGGAGUACCACAAAAGAAAUGUGACUUCAGUGUUGGAAAGUGUACUGACAAUGAUGGAAGGUCAUCUGUAGGUAAAAGGUCAUCUGAUCAUUCUUUUAUGAAGCAUGAAAUUCCAGAAGAUAACAAUAAAGAGGACAUUCCAGAAGAUAACAGCAAGGAGGACAAUUUAAUUUCCACUGUCUUGUUUUUCUCUUUUAAAGAUAUUUAUGACUUGGAACCUGCAUCUGAAUUAGGAGAAGAUUUAUUGAAGCUUUAUGUGAAACAGUGUUGCCCAGAUAUUGAUAUUUAUGUUGAUGGAAAAAGUUUUAAAGCUCACAGAGCCAUUUUAAGUGCAAGAUCUAGUUAUUUUGCUGCGAUGCUGAGUGGCUGUUGGGCUGAAAGCUCCCAAGAGUACAUUACUCUUCAAGGGAUAAGCCAUGUAGAAAUGAAUGUUUUGAUACAUUUUAUAUAUGGAGGAACUUUGGACUUUCCAGACAAAGCUAAUGUUGGGCACAUACUCAAUAUGGCUGAUAUGUAUGGACUAGAAGGAUUAAAAGAAGUAGCAAUCUAUAUUUUAAGAAGAGAUUACUGUAAUUUCUUUCAAAAGCCUGUUCCCAGAAGGUUGGCAUCUAUAUUAGAAUGCCUGAUUAUUGCUCAUUCAGUUGGAGUGGAAAGUCUUUUUGCUGACUGCAUGAAGUGGAUUGUAAAGCAUUUUGCAAGGUUUUGGUCUGAGAGAAGCUUUGCAAAUGUACCUCCUGAGAUUCAGAAAAGUUGUCUUAAUAUGUUGAUUCAGUCUUUAAAUGAUAAGAAUGCUGCUUUUCUUCUGAUGGAAAGUGACAGGCUAAUCAUCAGUUUACCCAGAGUGAAGUGGACAGAAGCAGCACUGACCAUGGCAUCUCAGCUUCAAGAAGAAUGUAUUGCAUUUAUUAUAGAAAACUUCUCCAAGAUCAUUCAAAGUGAAAAUUUUGCUCUCCUCUUACAGUCACAAGCAAUGAGUAGCACAUCUGAUCUGCUGGACAAAAUUUUAAAAGCAAUUGAAGAAAACAUUACCACGGAGAAUAGUUGCUCUCUUCUUACAGCUCUGGACACGUUACUGAACUCUGACAGUACAAAGGAAAUGGGUUUUACGUGCAAGAUCCAGGCUCUGCGUGAUAAGCUGUGGAUCUUCCUGGUUCAGUCUUUCUAUGCUGUUCGUCACACAGAAAGCUGGAAGCUGAUGAGCACAGAUGAUCAACAGAAAAUCCAAGCAGCUGCAUUUGACAAAGGUGAUGACCGAAGACUUGGCAAAAAGCCUAUAUUCAGCAGCUCUCAGCAAAGGAGACAAGUUUCUGACCCUGGUGCUAUAAAAAACAAAUCUUGGAGAGAAAGUAACAAGAAAGAGUAUUGGAGUUGUCCCUCUACGAAUCAAAAGAUGAAAUCUGAUGGAUUAGGAGCGUCUGGACAUUCAUCAAGUACUAAUAGAAAUUCUAUAAAUAAAACUUUGAAGCAUGAUGAUUUAAAGGAAAAGGAUGGUACAAAAACCGCAUCCAAGAGUACAAAAGAAUUAAAAACUGUGGGAAAAAAUGUUUCUGGAAAGCCCAAACCUAUAAUAAAGCCCAAAACAGAAAACGGUGAUAAUGCAAAGUCAGCAAACAUGUCACCUAGACAAGUUGUGGAAAGAUCAGCAGCAGCAGCAGCAAAUGGACAGAAAAAUUCAGUAAAUGGAAAAGGAGUGAGAAAUCAGGAAGGUCAAAUUACAGGUGCCAGACCCAAGGUACUCACUGGGAACUUAAACGUGCAUGCCAAAGCAAAGCCUUUGAAGAAAGUGACAGGCAAAGAUUCUCCAUGCCUCAGGAUUUCAGGGCCCUCCAGCAGAUCUACAAAUUCAAGUAUGGAAUUACUGACUUCCACUGACUGUCUGGAUGAACCAAAAGAAAAUGGGUCAAUAAAAGAGAAGCCUUCUGGUCAUAAAUUUUCCCUUUGUGACUCUCCAGGACAGACUGUGAAAAACAGUGUAGAAAGUAUCAAAACUUCCACUGUAGCAGUAAAAUCUCGACCUGUUUCAAAAGUUACCAAUGGAACUUCCAAUAAAAAAAGCAUUCAUGAACAAGAAACUAAUAUAAAUAACAGUGUGCUAAAGAAGGUCACCAGCAAAGGAUACAGUGAUCCAGUACCACAGGCAAUUUUAAAGAAAAGAGGAAAUGGCAAUGGAUGUGGUACAGCUCAGCAGAGGACAAAGAAUGCCACAGUUAAUCUUGCUAAAACUCAAGGAUCCCAAGGAGAGUCACCACAUUCAGUAAAAUCUUCAGGGUCUUCAAGGCAGUCUGAUGAAAAUGUGACAAAAUUGGACCACAGUGUGACUACAGAUAAACAAACACCUAAGAGAAAAACUGUCAAGCAAGGACAAACAACAUUGCCUAAGAUUAGUGCAAAAAUAGUAGCAAUGCCUAAAAACCUAAAUCAAUCUAAGAAAGGUGAAACUUUGAAUAAUAAGGAUUCAAAACAGAAAACACUUCCUGGACAGGUUAUAUUGAAGACUCAGCCUUCUUCUCUGAGACCUUUAAAAAGUGAACCAUCUGUUGUCCAAAAAAGUGUGCUUCGUGAUGUAUGUGAUAAUAAUAACAAAGGCAAUGUUUCUGAACAGAAGCCUCAUGAACCUCUAAUUAAUCUCACAGCCGAAAUCAGUGAUACAGAAGCAUGUCAGUCACCAUGCAUACUUGACCCACAAAAGCCAUUAAACAAUCAAGAAAAAGAGAAGUUGGUGUUAGAAUGCCAAAAUAUUUCAAAUCUAGAUAAAUUAAUAAAACAUGAACUGGAAUCAAAACAGAUUUGUUCAGAUAAAAGUGAAACAAAUUUUUCUGGUCACAAAAAAACAGAUCAAUGCAACACAGUUAAAAUACAUUGUCAUUCUGAUGAGAGUGAUAAUGUAGAUCCAGAAUUUUAUAGCACCACUGCUCUAAAAUCCAUGAUUUCAAAUCCAAAUGAAAACUCUUUGAACUCUAAUCCAGUUUGUGACCUAGAUUCAACAAAUGUAGAGCAAGUCCAUUCAGUGUCAGAUAGGGAGAAGCAAGCAGGGAGAAAAGAUACAAACAAAAAAUUAAACAUUAAAUGUGUGGAAGAUGUUUUACCUUGUGUUCCUGAACAGACAAAUGGUACCUUAAAUUCUGGUCAAGAUGACAGAAAAUCUAGAAUUCAUGUGGAAGAACAGACAGUUCCCCAUCAGUUUUCUGAUGACUCUGCCAUGAAUGGAGACAAACAUGCUACAGUAGACUCAAAUACUUCCUCCAAGUGUUUUUUGGAACAAAUACCAGGGAAAAAUUCUCCUAAAGACAUGGAAACAACAGAAACUCCAGAGAGCCAUGAAACUCCAGAAGCUCCAUUCAUGAGUCACUGGAAUUUGAGUACCAGUGUUCUGCAUCAGAGAGAGAGUCCUGAAUCUGACAGUGGCAGUGCUACAACAUCCUCUGAUGACAUAAAGCCUAGAUCUGAAGACUAUGAUGCUGGAGGGUCUCAGGAUGAUGAUGGGUCAAAUGACAGGGGUAUUUCUAAAUGUGGCACUAUGCUGUGCCAUGAUUUUCUUGGAAGAAGUAGCAGUGACACCAGUACUCCUGAAGAAUUAAAAAUAUAUGAUAGUAACUUAAGAAUUGAAGUGAAAAUGAAAAAGCAAAGUAGUAAUGAUCUUUUCCAAGUUAAUUCGACAAGUGAUGAUGAGAUUCCUAGGAAAAGGCCAGAAAUUUGGUCUCGAUCUACAAGAGUCCACCCUAGGGAAAAAGAAAAUAUUCCACGAGGCAGUAUCCAGUUUGCUCAGGAAGUAGAUCAGGUUUCUUCCUCAGCAGAUGAAACAGAAGAUGAAAGGUCUGAAGCUGAAAAUGUUGCAGAAAAUUUCUCUACAUCUAACCCAGCUCUUCAGCAGUUUCAGGGAAUAAUUAAUUUAGCUUUUGAAGAUGCAACUGAAAAUGAAAGUCACGAGUUUCGUGCAACUAAAAAUUUUAAAAGGUCAGUUUUACUUUCGGUAGAUGAAUGUGAAGAACUAGGAUCUGAUGAAGGGGAAGUCCAUGCUCCCUUUCAGCCUUCUGUAGAUUCGCCUUCACCUUCUGAUGUUUUUGAUGGUGUUUCUCAUGAACAUCACGGAAGGGUCUGCUACUCCAGAUACUCACAAGGAAGUAAAGGUAGUAUUUUAGAAUGUAGACAAGAGAAAGCCAAUAGUGUAUAUAAAAACAAAAGCUCUCCCUUGGGUCUUAGUAGCAUUGACUCUUCAAGAAAAGAUAAACAGAGUGCUUCAGCCACAGAAAAAAAGAGCACAACAGAUGUCCUGUCCAGAGGAGGCAGACAGCUUCCUCCAGAAGAUAAAAAAGUAAACAGUGGAAGCAAUGUGGUUAAUGACUUUCAGCCACGCAGCAAACUUUCAGAUAGUGAUAUAAAAUCUCAAGAAAGACCAUGUCAUCUGGAACUUCAUCAAAGAGACCCCAAUUCUGACAUACCAAAGAACAGCUCUACAAAAUCUCUGGACUCUUAUUGGAGUCAAGUUCUGCCUCCAGAAGGUCAAGUGAAAGAGAGCCAUUCUGCAGCUACCAAGAAAGCUAAUAUUGCUUUAUCUGCAGGAGACAUAGAUGAUUGUGACACAGUGGCACAAAACUACAUGUAUGACCAUCGGCCUUCAAAAACCCUCUCUCCAAUAUAUGAAAUGGAUGUAACAGAAGCAUUUGAGCAGAAAAUGGAAUCAGAAACACAUGUUACAGACAUGGAUUUUGAAGAUGAGCAACACUUUGCAAAACAAGAUUGGACGCUAUUAAAGCAACUGCUCUCUGAAGAGGAUUCAAACUUAAAUAUUACAAAUUCUAUUCCUGAAGACUUAAAUUUAGCACAGUAUCUAAUCAAUCAGACACUACUUUUAGCACGAGACAGCUCAAAACCUCAGGGUAAAGCACAUGUUGACACUUUAAACAGAUGGAGUGAACUAACAUCUCCAUUCGAUGAUUCCUCAGCAAGCAUCACCAUGGCUAGUUUUUCCUCUGAGGAUUGUUCACCCCAAGGGGAAUGGACAAUUCUGGAACUAGAAACUCAGCAUUAAGAGUAUUAACACUUUGGAAAAUGUUAAACUAUGCCACCGCUUUAUUUUUUUGAUGCUUAUAUUAUAUCCAAGUGAUAAUUGCAUUAGCCUAUUAGACUAUCCUUAAUAUUGAGGAAGUCUUUCCAAUUUACUGAAGUAAACAUAGUUUGUUUAUUAAUAUAUCACAUGUAGAAAAAAGUGUUUUUCUAAAAAUCUUGAGCAUGUUUUCUAUAAUUAUUAGAGAAAUUAGAAGACUUGUAAGGAAACCCUUGCUUUAGUUUUCCUUUCCUAACUGAUCAUUCAUUUACUUGUUUAUCAUUCAAUAAUUUAAAAUGUGAAUGCACAAGUAGAACAGUCCCUUUACUUUUUGCUCUGCAUAUGGUAACCAUAAUUUAACAAUAAAAAAACUUAUUGUGCUUGUGUCAAUUUAUGUAGAGUUAAUUUGUAACAUUCAAACGCAGGUUGGUAUGGUUGAGGCUGAUAGCUUAAUAUUAGAAAAAACCUUCGCUUUCCCAACAAUUCACGUCCAGGAAAUUGUCAAGUAAAUGCAUCUCAAAUUUCACUGACAUUUUUGCUAAAACAGGAGAAGUGGAAUUUCCUGUAACUCUUUUUGGGAUAUAUCCGCGGAAAGGCAUCUGCCCUUGUUGAAAAAAAGUGGGAAAACUGUCCAUCUGUUUUAUCUAUAUAGACUUCCUUUAUAGUUAAUCACUCUCCAUUUUUCAUUCCAUGGUAGAGAUAUUUUUGAACUGCAUCUGCAGUAAUCCUGCACUAAAUAUUACCUUGAAAAUGGGUACGUGAGGCAAUUGAGUUAUAGAGUUAAAUUGGGUGCAUGUGUGUGCACAUACAUGUAUGUUUGCUUUUCUAUUUGUCUAUAUGCUCUAGUUCCUUAUUUCCUUGAUCAGAUUGUCUUUCAGUCUGUAAUUUUGGUAGAAAGGCAAAGAUAAACAUCUUUUUUACAAAAUUCUACUGGGGAGUGAACACUUGGUUACCUACUUGAUAUUGGUGGAUGUUACCCUUAGGGUGAUGGGAUUUAGUAGAAUUGGCACCUCUCAAAGCUUUGUAACUAACUAAUAAUUUCUCUAAAAUAGACCAGAAGGAAAUAUUUUGGCUUAGAAUUCCUUUUCUAAAUUAACAAAGUUUCGGGCAAUUCCCUGGCGGUCCAGUGGUUAAGACUCAGUGCUUUCACUGCUGUGGCCCAGGUUUAAUCCCUGGUCAGGGAACUAAGAUCCUGUAAACUGUGCAGCGCGGCCAAAAAUAAAAAUAAAAAAAUAAUAAAUUCACAAAGUUUUCAACAAAUGAUCAACAUUAGCGAGAACCUGUAACUAUAUUGAAUAUCAACAAUUAUAUUGAUGCACAAUCAUUUGGUAUUCUUAUAUAAUAACAUAUUAAUGUUAAUAUUAGCUACUAACCUGUUAUACCAUACCUUUUUUAACUAGAAGCUCUGCAAGGGACACUCAUUCAUUCAAACAGUCAAGAAACACAUUUGUUCUAGGCACUGAAGUGUGAAGAUAAAUAAGGUUUGAUUCCUGCCACCCAAAAGAGUUCAGUUUCUAAUGAGGAGGGAAAACCAUAUAAGAAAAAGGUCAAAAACAGUAUUAUAAGAACUUUGUGUCUUAAAGCUGGAUGGGAAUUUAGAGGUUAGUUUAAUCCCUUCAAAUUCCCAAGGAGGACUCUGAAGCCCAGAGGAAUUUUAAAAUUGCCCAGGGUCCCACACUGAUUUGUGAGUUAGAAUCCAGUAUUCCUUAAUUUCAGUUAGAUGUUAUCUCUACCACACAACACACUUCAUUUGACUUUUAUCAUAAAAUCUGAAAACAAAUUCAUUCAUAGAUAGUUUGUAGCAUAAAGAAAUAAUAUAUGAUAGAGUCAGAAACAGCACAGAUUUCCAAGACAGUGUGUUUUCUUUUUCUCCAAAUGUGAAAUUGUUUUGUUAUUUUUAAUAAACUACCUCAGAAGUUCACAAA